UUGGAAAUUCACACAUGAACAUAAAAACAUGAUAUCACAGCUUAUUCUGAUGUUUUAGAAGAGAACAGAACUGAACUGUUUAGACCAAUGAGGAUUAAGCUGUGUCGUCAUCAAGUGGUUUCUCAAAGUAGAAGUUGAUUCACUCCUCCACUUCACAACAGACCUGCAGCACCAGCUGUCCCUUCAGCUCUUCUGUCGCUGUUGACCACAUCUUCAACCUUUAUGAUCACAUUUAUGGCUUUUUGUGUUUAAAUGUAGCAUUUAGGAACUUGGGAAAUUAGGAACUUGUAAUUGGAAACCAUUCACCGAAAUGCCAAAAAAUAUAAAUGACAUGGACAUGUUUAUAUUCAUCUGUUUGUGCUUAUGGAGUCUGAAUGGUGUGUUUGUUGCUGAUGCAGUGAAGUCAGAGUCAGUGACUGAGGGAGAAUCAGUCUCUCUGAACUCUAGAUUCACUCAAAUACAGACACAUGAAGACAUCGAGUGGAGGUUUGGUGACAUUCUCAUAGCUAAAGUGAAGAACAACAAGAACGUGUUUUAUGAUAUUGAUAAAGAGAGUUUCAAAGACAGACUGAAACUGGAUCAGACUGGAUCUCUGACCAUCAUCAACAGCAGAACCACAGACUCUGGACUUUAUACAGUCUCCAGCAGCAGCAGAGACACGAUCAACACGAUCAAUCUCACUGUCUAUGCUCGUCUGCCUGUUCCUGUCAUCAGCAGUAACUCUUCAUCAUCAUCAUCAUCAUCAUCAUGUUCAUUGGUGUGUUCAGCUGUGAAUGUGAGUCAUGUGACUCUCUCCUGGUUCAAAGGAAACAGUGUAUUCUCCAGCAUCAGAGUGUCUGAUCUCAGCAGCUGGUCUGAUCUUCUUCUCCAUCUGGAGUGUGUGGAUGAUUCCUACAGCUGUGUGCUGAACAAUCCCAUCAGAAACCAGACUCAACACCUCAACAACACUCAACUCUGUCAGACAUGUGCUGCAGUUUGUAUCCACUAUUGUGGCUUUACUGAAGCUGUGAUCCGAUUGGCUCUCUCUGCUCUGGUGGGCGUGGCUACUGUGGCUGUUCUGGUUUAUGACAUCAGAUCCAGAAGUCUUCAACAGAAGAAGAGCGUCCAGAAAUAUCCAUCAGACUCUGAUUAAUCAGAUACUCAGGAAGGUAGAGAUGUUCUUGAACCACUGUAGACGUGAUAUUACAAGAAAUAUCAUUUUAAAAAUCAUUAUCAUUUUUUUUCAGAAUCUAAACUCUUCUUUUUAGUUUACUCCCUUUAUAAUUUUCACAUCAGUUGUGCUUGUUUGUCACUUUUCACAAUAUAAAUCAUUUUAAAGCAGAUUUUCAAAGAAUUUGCUUUAAAAUAUACAAAAAAACACAAAUUUUAGGAAUCUGUCAAAAACUUGUUUAAAACUAAAAAUGUUAUAGUCAAUAAAUAGUCUUUAUUCACACAUAAUAACCAACAAAUAUAAUAUUUUGUAUGUCCUCCUCUGGCCUUGAUAACAGCUUGUGUUCUUGCUGGUUUGUUUUCAUGUACUUUUACACAGUCUCUGUUGUUAGUGACUGUAACUGGACAUCUGAAUAAUAAAAAAGUAAUAAAAAUAUAAAGUGAUGUCCAGCUCAAUGAGAUAAUGAUCUUGAAAACUGUUAUCUAAAUAAAAGCAUUAAUAAGAUUAUUACUUGUGUUUGCUGACAGAUUGUUGGGGUCACAAAAUGUUUUUAAAGUCCUUGAUGUUUAUUAGUUUAUUGGAGUAUGAAUGAAUAUAGUGAUAUGUCUGUCUCCAUUUCACUGUUAUAUUUAUGACAACAGAAAAUACCAUGAUAUUGAUCAAACAUUUGUUGUAAGCCAUGAUUAAUGGUCAGCUCACUUCUUUUAUUUAGAAUUUUUUAGGUAAAUGUAAUGUUUGUUUUUUUGUUUUGUUUUUCCUGUUGGUUUUCUUCUCUUGUUUUUAUGCUUUGUUUCUCAGUCUUUGGUGAUGUUUUUAUUGUGAACAGACAGACUUUAAUAAGUGGAAAUCAUUUCCUUUGAAUAGACAAGUGAUUACUUAUAUUUGUUAGAUUAUUUAGUUUUUAGUCAGAGUUUUUUUUUUUAAUUGUUAUUUUGGGUCGAGUGCACAUUUUAAAGAUUUCUUCUUGUGAAAUAAAACAAUAAAUCAUUUAAAGGUUUUUCAGGAUCUGCAUGUGUCUUAAAUGUAGCAAUAGCUUGACAAGAAGAAAGAAGGAUGAUGGACGAUUUGAUGCCAGGACCGAGAUUAGCAGAAUUGUAUUUAGCUGAACUAUAUAUUAUUUCCACAAACAAGUGUAAACUAUUGCAUUUUUUCAUUAAUACAUUAGGGGUUUUAAUAUGUAAGUUAAAGCCAACACAAAACGUGCCUUUGAAAAGUGGGGCAUGGUUAAAGCAUAAAUCAUUUACUGUGCUUAUUUUUUUAAAUCACAAUUAUAACUGUACUUAAAAUAAAUUAGGCUAACAUUAGAUGCUCAUGAAGAAUCAGUUGCAGAACCUGCUGCAGAUACAUGAAGGAAUUAGGCUACAUAUAAUAUACAAAAUGCAGAAGAUUUCUUCUUUCUGUUGG